AAGCGAUACCGUGAUUUCACCCCACGUGGAGAAGUCAGAAUCCCCUUCCUCACCAAGCUGCAAUCUGCAAGCACCAAACUCCAAAGCCGCGAGCACACACCAAACCAGAGCUGCUCACUGCCGCCGCCGCGGCAUGGCUUCCCGGUCUCCCGCCUCCUCUCCUCUCCUCCCGCACCAGCAUCAGCACCCGCUUCCCCCGAAUGCUCACCCCCAGUUUCAAGCCCCACCGCCGUCGAUGCCGCCCCCGCCCAAGGCGCUCGACCUGGAGGUCACCAUUGUCUCGGGGAAGCACCUGAAGAACGUCAACUGGCGCCGCGGCGACCUCCGCGCCUACGUCAUCGCCUACCUCGACCCCUCCCGCCGCGCCGCCACCCGCCCAGACGACGCAGGCGGGUGCAAGCCCGCCUGGAACGAGCGUCUCGUGGUCCCGCUCCCACCCCACCUCUCCCCGCACGACCCAUCCCUCCUCCUCUCCCUCGACGUCUUCCACUCCAAGCCCUCCGACUCGCCCAAGCCGCUCGUCGGAUCUGCCCGCUCGCCACUUCGCGACCUCCUCCUCCCCACAAACCCUAACCCUAGCCGCGAUUCCCCAGCCUCCGCUCUCGUCACUCUCCCGCUCCUCCGCCCUUCCGGUCGCCCGCAGGGAAAGCUCCGCAUCCGCGUCGCCAUCCGUGAGCGCUCGCCGCCGCCUCCCGAGCCGCAGUACCCGCCGCCGUCCAGCGCCCCCUACUACUUCCCGCCCCCUCCGCCUCCCACCUACUCGGCCCCACCGCAGUACGGAUCGGACCCGUACUACCGCCCUAGUGGCUACUACUCUGCACCACCACCUCCACCUCAGUCUGAGUACACCGGAGGGCCCUCUGCACCGAUGGAAUACAGCAGGCAGUAUGAGCAGAGAGGAAGGAGUGGGGUUGGUAGUGGGAGUGGAAGGUAUGGAGUGGGCACUGGACUUGCGGUGGGUGCUGUGGCUGGAGCCCUCGGGGGGCUUGCAAUCGAAGAAGGUGCAACGCCCAAGGAGGAGAAGGCUGCAGGGAGGGUGGAAGAGAAGGUGGCACCUACCAGGAGGGAUGAUUACAGCGAGUAUCGUGGCGAGUAUUGAAGGGGAGUUUGUGUGGGUGAGAAUGCGCUGUGAGUUGGUUCUUCUCCUUCCUUGCCAAUGUGGGAAUAAAGUUACAGUGUUAGUUUAUGAUCUGCUCUGUAUAUGUAUAUAUUGGCGGCAGUGUUGUGGAUUACCAUGACACUUACAAAUUAAUAUGUAUGACAGAUUUGGUGUGUACCUUGACGGUUUCAUGAUUUUCUUUAAUGGUGUACUUGACUACUUGUACCUUGA